GGAGCUAUGAUGAAUAUGUGGAAAGUUCGAGAACUAAUGGAUAAAGCGACAAACGUCGUGAUGAAUUACACCGAAACAGAGGCUAAGGUACGGGAAGCUACCAAUGACGACGCUUGGGGCCCUACAGGUGCUAUGAUGCAAGAACUUGCCCAGGCGACAUUUACGUACGAACAGUUUCCUGAAGUUAUGUCGAUGCUUUGGAAACGUAUGUUGCAAGAAAAUAAACGUAAUUGGAGACGUACGUACAAGAGUCUUUUGCUACUAAAUUACUUAGUACGCAACGGAUCCGAACGAGUAGUAACGUCCUCUCGUGAGCACAUCUAUGACCUUCGGUCGUUAGAAAACUACACAUUUGUCGACGAAAUCGGCAAAGACCAGGGAAUAAAUGUGCGACACAAAGUCCGCGAAUUAAUAGAGUUCAUCCAGGACGACGACAAGUUAAGGGACGAGCGUAAAAAAGCCAAAAAAAAUAAGGAUAAAUACGUCGGAAUGUCUAGCGAGGCAAUGGGGAUGAGCUUCCCGACCGGCGACCGCUGGUCCGACAAUCCAAAAUGGCAGACGAACAACAAGACCGACAAUUCCGUGUCGGCUUACAACGAUUGGGGCGACACCCGGCGGAACUACGACGACACGAACAAUUCCGACGACGGAGAGCGUGAAGAUUCUGAUAAUGAUAAUGCCAACUCAAGGUCGCCGAAGAAGACUAUAGAGAGUAGCAAUAAAGAUAUCCGCGAAUCGCUGGACACUUUGGAUAAAAUAAGAAAAUUCACUGCCACUGCGUCGGUUCCUGCGACGAAUUCGCCCAAUCGCACGCGGCCAUUAAAAAAAGUUGAUUUAGGCGCCGCUGCUAAUUACGGGCGUGAUUCUAAUUUUGAUAAUAAGGACAAAGAUAAAGAUAAGAUUAAGGAAAAGGAUAAAGAUAUUAUUAAUGUUGAUAUUAAAUUAAGUAGCGAAAAAAGUAAAAAUAUAUUUAAUGAUAUUUUUGAUUCUCAAAAUAAUGCCGGUGAUUAUGAUGAUGAUUUUAAUCCUAGAGAGAAUUCUGAGACUGGGAAAAAUUUGAAUUUUGAUUUUAAUAGAGCUUUUGAUAAAAAAAAUGGUAAGGAGGAAGAGAAAAAAAAAGAAAAUGGCGCGGAUGAAUUUGCGGAUUUUACUUCGGCAUUUAGUACGGCUGUUACGAUAGAUAAUUGGGCCGCGGGACCAAAGGAGGAUGAUUUGUUUGGGAACAAUGGUACGAUAAAUAGCAAUAAUAAUACAGUUUUAUUAAAAAUUAUUUUUCGGAAUGACUGCAGAUUUGUUAUCGGAUUUUGAUGGAUUUAAUACAUUUAAUAGUUCACAACAAAAUGUUAAUAUUUUUAAUAAUUCUACUAAUCUUGACAACAGUGCCAAUUUUAUGUCGUGUACCAAUGAUUCUGGAUUUUUAUCACCAAUACCAAUGAACAAUAGAACGAAUGAAUCGAUAACAUCGCAAUCGUCAACGAUAACAUCUCAAAUUGGCUCGACGUGGGCCGGAGCUGGUCUUAAAAUCGAUUUAGAUAAUUUAAUGGGCAGUAAAAAUAAACAAUCUGGUCCAGCGCCGACUAUGAAUCAAUUAGCAUCGACAAGUCCCCAACAUCAACCUCUACCGAAUUUAAGAAUGCAGCCGUUAGGAACCCAACAAAAUCCAAAUACUUUUCCAUCGUUUCUUUGA